UGUGUACAAUCUUAAGUAGACACAUCAGCAUCACCAUCAGCCUGUGUGUUGAGACAUUUUAUCACUUAGCAGGGCUUUUUCUUGUCUGUUAAGGAAAACUGACAUCGAAAGAGACAUUCUAUAAUAAAAAAGAGCGAUCUGGAGAUCUAAACGCAAAUUGUAUAAAAACCUUUAUGCUCCUUGGCUUAUUUGUCAAGGAGCCGGAGCUCGUUUUUUUAUACAGCAGCAAGCAAUUAAUAUCUCAGGACUACCACUCCUGGAACGGAUGUAUAGAGGGUGAACGAAGGCGCGAACACACCUUGGAAGAAGUGAUUACAUUUUGGAUUAAAUUCUGUAUUUGAUAUGAUAUUCACAUGAAACACAAUCAAGAUGGUACUGCCACUUGAAGACUACAGCAAAUGGUAUGGAAAGUGGCACGGAUGUCUAAGCUUGAUUGUUUGCUGUUUUGGAAUUCCGACGAACAUCAUCAACAUCACUGUUCUCACCAGAAAACACAUGCACACUCCCAUCAACACCAUUUUGACUUGGAUAGCGUUGUUUGAUAUUAUAACAAUGGCGGCGUAUUUGCCAUUUGUCAUCCAUUUUUAUAUUGAGUAUCCGACCAAUUCACUGUCUCCAGAAAAGAAUAGCUAUGAGUGGAUGAGUUUUCUAUUAUUUUAUAUCAAUCUAUCCACACUAACGCACACAAUUUCAAUCUGGCUCGGUGUUUCAUUGGCCAUAUUUCGCUUCGUCCAUAUUCAAUCUCCGGAAACUGGAAGCUUGACGCACAUGCGUCGCAUUAUCCGAUGUCGGAUUGUUGUCUUUGUGGUGAUAUUUGGAUCAACACUUAUUUUGAUCCCAAAUUUCAUUUCAUCAAAACUGGUGCCUUACGAAAGAAAUAAUACCUUAAUUCGAGGGAUAUAUGUUCUGGGUGACCCACAUCUUGGCACACCUAAGGUAAAACCGGUUGUGUUUUCAAGUUUCAUUUUGUAUAGUAUCAUUGCCAAGUUGAUACCUUGUCUCCUAAUGAUAAUUUUCGGAUCACUGCUAUUGAAGACUCUGGACAACCACGGGCGAGUGAAUCGUCAGAAGCUGUCUAAAUUAGGCGUCGUUAUGAGUCGUCCAUUGAACACGUCACGCACUACCGUUAUGUUGCUCAUUGUAUUAGUUCUCUUCUUGGUGACAGAGCUUCCCCAAGGAAUCUUGUUGGUAUUGAGUCUGACAAUGGAGGAUUUCUUUGAUAACGUGUAUAUCCCUCUUGGGGACACCAUGGAUAUUCUGGCUUUAAUAAACAAUAGCAUCAAUUUCGUGUUGUAUUGUUCUAUGAGCAUUGAGUUUCGCCGUACUGUCUCAAGAUGGAUUUGUCAGUGUGUAAGAGCUAGCUAUUCUGAAAACAAGAAUGACUUUGAAAUGAAAAACAAAAAUUCAGAGGUCACAAAAAAAAUUGGAGAUGCAAAUUUCACGGGAAAUAUCACUACAGACGACAUGAAUACAGGACUACCAUUGGCUGAAAGUGAUGAAACUCGCAGCGUUGUAGAAAUCGACAGUCCCUGUUGCAAGUCCAUAUCAGACGUUCAGAUCAACAGCGAUCUAGUAUAUAGCCAAGUUUCGAUGGAAGUCGAUGACCAAAGCGAAAAGUUGACUUUCGAGGGAAUUGAAGACGAGGAUAUAUCGGAAACAGUUCCAUUAGCACCACAGAGUGCCACUCAUUCAUGUUCUGUUGUUGUGUAAUACAUGUACCUGUACAUUUCCCCUUGUUGUUAUAUUGUAGCAAUAUAUUUAUUUAAAAUAAAAUACACAUUCCUCCAAUGAUUUUCUCAAAUUGGGUGGAGGAAUAAAUGUAUGC